AUGCACAUCCUCCUCACCAACGAUGACGGCCCCCCGUCGCCUCAUUCCUCCCCUUACGUGCACUCCCUCGUCCACCAACUCCAGCAGGCCGGCCACGUCGUCUCCGUCUGUCUGCCGCACACCCAACGCUCCUGGAUCGGCAAGGCGCACAUGAUCGGCCAGACUGUGAAACCGCUCUACUAUCGCCCCUCCACGGAGGGCCUCUUCGGUACCGAGGGCACGACCUCGACGCGGCCCUCGGCCACCGGCGCCCACGAUGAGUGGAUACUCGUCGACGGCACCCCGGCCUCGUGCGUGCAGAUCGGUCUGCACCACUUCUUCCAGGAGCGCGGCCCCAUCGACCUCGUCGUCAGCGGACCUAACUACGGCCGUAACACGACAGCCGUAUUCGCCCUGAGCUCAGGCACAUUGGGCGGCGCUCUCGAGGCCGCCGUCUGUAAGCGCAAGGCCAUCGCCCUGAGCUACGCCUUCUUCUCGCGGAACCAUGACCCCGUCAUCAUUGAAGGUGCGGCGAGACACUCGGUCAAGGUCGUCGAGAAGCUGUAUCAGCAAUGGCCGGCCGGCGACGAGGUUGAUUUGUACAGCGUCAAUGUACCGCUCGUUGAAGGCGUCGAGACGCACAAGACGUACUUUACCAACAUGCUGCAAAACUAUUGGCGCGACGGCAGCUGCUUCCAGGAGAUUGAUGGAGAUGUCGGCGAUGAGGACGAGGAGGAGCAGAAGAUCCGAGAGGGGGCUGGUGGUGAGGCACGGGGCGGUGAGAGAGAAGAGACCGAUGGCGAGGGUCCAGGUGGACACAAGCACAAGCACUUCAAGUGGGCGCCGAGAUUCACGGAUGUGUAUCAGAGCGUUGAAGAGGCGGCGCCUGGCAACGAUGGGUGGGCUGUCAAGGAGGGCUACACGAGUGUCACGCCGCUCAAGGCCAAUUUCUGGCAUGCUGCCGAGCAACUUCACCAAAAGGAGUUGAUUCUUGAUAGCCCUCGGGUCGAUGGAAUCUCGAAGGAACAUGCUGCGUCCUCGACUAAGCUUCCUAUUAGAAGCGACCCCACCAAGAACAAGCAGCCAGUCGCCGUCACGAACCCAAAGUUCCACGCCUUGAUCAACUAUGAGGACCCAUAUGUCCAGCCUCUCAUUCUCGGGGCCAUGCAACGGCUCUUCCCUGGCGCCUAUUCCCUCGUCUCGACACCGGCCGGAUCGGCCGGUGCCGAGGCCGCCCUCGCGGCGGCUCUCCCGUCCCCGGACACCAAGAUCCUGCACAUAGCACCGUACGAAUCCCUUGAUUUCGACCACGUCGCCGCGCACCCGUCCACGGCGCUUGUCAACAGCUAUGUCAUACGCAAGGCUCUCAUCCGGAAACAUUAUCUCUCGUCGACGGUGGACCACUGGAUCGCGAAACACCCUAGCUCUUCGCUCAAGACGCACGUCAAGCGCGGCGAGCACUUUGAGGUUGACUACGCCGAGUUUCUGGACGACGCGCUCGUCGAGGCGUUUGAUCUACGGGAGAGCAUGGACAGGAACGAGAACAUCGGAGAGGGUGAGGGGGACAAGGACAACAAAGAGUGGUGGAUAUUGAAGCCGGGGAUGAGUGACCGCGGGCAGGGGAUCCGGCUGUUCAGGUCGAUGGAAGAGUUGCAGGGAAUUUUUGAUGAGUGGGAGGAAGGCAGGCCCGACAGCGACGACGAGGACGAGGACGAGGACGAAGAGGCAGCAAAGGUCGAGGGUACAAAGGGAGGUGACUACAUAACGACGUCGCACCUCCGCCAUUUCAUCGCCCAGCCGUACAUCCACCCGCCCCUUCUACUCCCGGGCGACGCGCGCAAAUUCCACAUCCGCACGUACGUCCUCUGCGUCGGCAGCCUCGACGUCUACGUUUACCGGCCGAUGCUAGCGCUGUUCGCAGGUAAGGCGUAUUGCGCCCCGUGGGAGGAUGCGGACCUGGAUGGCCACUUGACGAACACCUGCCUCCAGGGCGGGCAGGAGAAUCCCGCCCUGCCGGCCGUGAAGCAGUUCUGGGACCUCGUGGCCUCGGGAGGCGAGGAGGACAAGGGCAACCGGGGUUUGCCGGUGGGGACGGCGGAGGGUAUAUUUGAGCGCAUCUGCGAGGUGACGGGGGAUAUAUUCGAGGCGGCGGCGCGCGAGAUGACGAUCCACUUUCAGCCGCUGGGCAACGCAUUUGAAGUCUUCGGCCUUGACUUCCUGGUGGAUGCCGAGGCGAGGCCGUGGCUGCUCGAGGUGAACUCGUUCCCGGACUUCAAGCAGACAGGUGGGGACCUGAAGGGCGUCGUCGCCGGGUUCUGGGAGGAGUCGCUGAGAACGGCCGUUGGCGGGUUCUUUGGCGUUGAGGCCGAGGGUGCGGCGUCUGGCGAGAUGAUCCGCGUCAGACAGGUCGAGCUCGGGAGACGAUGA